GGACGAAGUAACAAGGAGGUGGAGCGCCACCAAGCGGACACUGCACGAAGAGAUUACAAGAUGUCGAAUGCUGAUCAACGAGACGGAGGGGUAGCCGGCGGGGGUGGACAGGAUGACCGAAGGCGAUAUAGGCCUCCGACUUGUUUUGCAUGCAACGAAGCUGGGCACUAUGCGAAUCAGUGCCCGAACCGUGCUCCGCGGCACCAACACCAAUCUAGACCAUCGACCUCGUCGGAUUUACGAGGGUCUCGGUCGCCGAGGAGAUAUGACUCUCGAAGGACAAGGGACUCACCGGAGAGGGACUUGGGGAUUAGGGCGACGGUGAUGAAGUUGAGCAAGUCGGUUACAGCCAUGCACAAGUAUGUUGAGCAGCAGAACCUGAAGAAGGAGGAGAAGGAGCGUAGAAAGCGUGAAAAGAAGGAGGCAGCAGAACGGGAAGAAGCCGAGAAAGUGAGACAAGAGGAGAAGGAGGCACGUGCGACAGAGAAAGCUCGUAAGCGCGCAGAAGAGCAGAACAAAGUUGCGGACGCCGAAAGGGAGCGACGUGCGCAAAUGAAGAAGGACGUUGAUAUUUCAGUUGCAGUCCGACUGAAUGAGAUGGAGGAAAGCUGGUUCCAGAGAUUACAUAGUAUGAUUGGACCGCUAUACUCCACAUCUGACAAGAAGGGCAAGAAGAAAGUUGCAUAUGUCUCGAGCCAGGAGUCUAGCGACGAGAGCGAGGCGAGUGACACGAGUGUCACGCAAGAAUUGAGUGAGCGUACCUCGAUGUUGCAUAUUUCCGAGAAGCGCAAACAGGGACCCGAUGUUGAGAUUGAGGACAACCCUCCGAUGGAGAAACCGCCGAAGCGAACGCCGAAGCAGGGUGGACUAAAGCCUGUGAAACUAACUGCACGCAUGACUCGGACGAAAGCACGGAGACUGUCUGGCAAGAUGUAGUUGAGGAAGAACCCUGGGCGAUCACCAACGGUCAGAUCGCUAGUAAAAACGCCGGUAUCCA